AGGAUUGUAAUGUUGGGAAUGACCGGAGCUGGAAAGAGCGCAACAGGAAACACCAUCCUGGGCAGCGAUGCGUUUAAAGUGGAAUUUAGUCCAGAGUCAGUUACUCAACAAUCAGAGAGAAAAAUGACAAGAAAGGGUAGCAGGUUCAUCACAAUAAUUGACACUCCAGGCCUGCAAGAUACAACAGCAAACAUAAAUGAAGUGAAGGCUGAAAUAGAGAAGUGCAUGAAAAUCUCUGCUCCUGGUCCUCAUGUGUUUCUGCUGGUCAUCAGACUGGAUGUGAGACUGACAGAGGAAGUGAUGAACACAGUCCAGUGGAUUCAGAAGAACUUUGGAGAAGAUGCCGCACGUCACACCAUCAUUGUGUUCACUCACGCUGAUUCACUGAGGGGUAGACCACUGAAGGAUCGUAUAGAAGAGAGUUCAGACCUACGGCAGUUUGUAAUGACCUGUGGUGACAGAUAUCAUGCAUUCAACAAUCAAGACAGAAACAAUCAAAAUCAAGUCAGUGAGCUGCUGGAUAAGAUGGAUGAGUUGGUGCUUAAAAAUGCAGGGAAGUACUAUAGUAUUAAGACGUAUUAUGCGGCUCAGAGAGGCCUUAACUUGUUUAAAACUGCAAUUACUGUAGGAGUAGUUUGUGGGUUAGGAGUCGUAGCAGUAGCUGCAUGGAAGAAAUAUGAAAAGAACAAUGAAAUUUCAACACAUUAG